UUCAAGAACGCGACGACGACGACGCUGACCGGCCACGGCCGCAACGUCAACUCGCUCGAGUGGAACGCGACGGGCGCGCUCCUCGCCUCCGGCUCCGACGACAAGACGGCGCGCGUCUGGGCGGGCGAGGACGGCUACAAGUGCGCGCACAAGCUCGAGCAGCACGGCGACUCCGUCGUCCAGCUCUGCUGGGACCCGACGACGCCGACGUCGCUCGCGACGCUCGCCGCGGACAAGGCCGUGCGGCUCUGGGAUUUGCGCGAAUCGACGCGGUGCGUCGCAAGCGUCAAAACGAACCACGAGUACAUCAACAUCGCGUGGUCGCUCUGCGGCCAGCACAUCGCCGUGGGCUCCUCCGUGGGCUCCGGGUCCAAGGACGCGGACGUCAAGGACUACGUGUCCAUCAUCGACGCUAGGACCCACGCCGUCGUCAAGCGCCUCAAGUUCGCCUACGAGGUCAACGAGUUCGUCUGGGCGCCCGACGCGCGGACGUUAUUGCUGACGACGGAGAAGGGCCGCGUCGAGGUCCCGCGCCACCCGGCGAACAUCUGGACCAUGCACGCGCACACGGACGACUGCUACUGCGUCGCUUUGGACGCCGACAGCACGCCGCCGAAGCUCGCCGUGGGCUCCAAGGACUCCAUCGUCUCGCUCUGGGAUUUGGAGGAGAUGAUCUCCGUGCGCACGAUCCUCCGCCACACGACGCCCGUCCGCUGCCUCUCGUUCUCGGCCCACGGCCAGCUCGUCGCGUCGUCGGCCUACGACCCGGGCAUCGACAUCGCCGACGCGGAGACCGCCGAGCUCGUCCACACCAUCGACGCGCAGCACGCCAUGAACUCCCUCGCCUGGCACCCGACGAAGCCCGUCCUCGCCUACGCCAUCGACGCCAAGUCCGCCAAG